AUGCAUAACACACCACCACAACAACCAACUGACUUGGGUAUAGAGCUUCUGUUGGGAAUGCAUGCACGCUCCAGCACAUACUUCGAGGCUGCCAUUGAGAGCCAAGCCAGAGCGGAUUCGGCAUAUGACUGGUGGGAGAAAUACUCGUUCUCAGAACAGAGGGCCGAGCUGCAACGAGGCUUGGACGUUGCUAGUCGACAAUCUCCAGAGCUCAGACGCACUGCGAAUUCCUAUUUCCGGAGGCGACUCUCGAUACAUCAAAAGAAUGUUUCCCUCAAAAUCGACAUUUCAGACUCAUCGCCCUCACUGAAGAAGACUCAACGAGAAGGAAACUUCCUAGAAGGGAAAUGA